AUGGAGGAACAACUAUAUCGCGGCAGGUCCGACUCAAGCAUAACCUCAACGUCCACAAGGGAUUCCAUAGAUACAAGCGAAAGAGAUGACGACGACAAUGACAAGGCGCUCGAAUCGCAUGAAGUCAUCGAGUUGCAAACGUUCAGCGAACGCAAGGCUUGGAUCGUAGAGAAGAUCAAACUCCUGGAAAGCAUGCCUCCAGUAAAUGCGUUCGUUGGAUUGGAAGCAGUGCGAAAGUCUUCCACCGAGAUGCCCCCUGGCCUGCCUACCCGCGAGGAGUUGGAGAGCUGGUUGAUCGAGCACGACAAGAUAGAGAAGGAAACGGAGAUAUUUGACUCCGGGGAAUUGAAGAAACUGAGAAAGUUCACCAAGGCCGCAGCAAAACGCAAUAUGUCUCCUGAGGAUACCGAUCUCAUUGAAUUGACUUUGACGACCAUUCUCGAACUAGACAGACUGCUCCAUCUUCUCCGUGACAGGUCCGAGAAUCUUGAUUUGCUAGGGAUCAGGAUAGCUUGGGAAGAAAAGAGGACCGCCGGAUGGGUUGACCUCGCAAACAUCACUUCCGACAUCCGAACAUAUCUUAACAGCCAUGCGCGAUGGUCUCCAUCCGUCUAUGAGAAUAUUGGAACAGCAGCAUUCUCUCCUCCAGCGGCUCAUCAGCCAUUACGUCGCCGAGGCUCUGUUGUGUCCUUGGCUUCGUUGAAUUCUAUCAACUCGGUUGCCUCACUGUCGCAACCCGGGUUCUCUCGUGCUGCGCGAUUCAAGCAUGCAGAGCAUCUUUCAAGGGAGGCUGUACAACUGGCGGGUAAAGUCACUGCGUUGCGACAUGGGAAGAUCACGGCCGCAGGCAAAUUACUGGACAAAAUGAUCGACAUCAGCCGCAGACCAGUGCCGGAUGAGCUCCUCGACGAACAAGACACGCUUGAGGAGAAGGGUAUCAAUGAGAUGGAGAAUGUUGGCAAAUUCAUGAUGAGCGUCGUCACGCAGUGGAAGAAGGCGGACGAGAUCUACACCGAGAACCUCAAGGAUCAGUCGACUGCUCAGGCGCUGCUCGAUGAAAUCGAGGCCGCUCAUUUCACCCCACCGAACGCGAAGCAGUCUGCGAAUUUCCUGUCUCGAGUAGCCACCCUCCUCAAACGCGCCGCAACCAGAGCAGACGCAUCCUUGCUUUCGGUCACCUUCCCAGCACCUUCUCACCCCUUGUUCCCGGAACAGCAUGCUGUGAAAGCCGACAUCGUCGCGGUGCUCCUUGAUGAGAGCCGAUCAACCGCCGAGCUGGCGAAGAAGGCGGAGUCAUCCGCGAGAGCUUACUACGAAGGCGUGGAAGCAGUUCAAAAGGUUGAGAACCUUCUAACCGCGGCCGCCGACCUCAUCAAUCGAUUCACCACAUUCCGUGAUCAACUACUUCGAGGUAUAACCAUUGCAGAAGGAGAUGGAUCCCGUCCCGACUUCUCUUCCGUAAACUGCCUUCAACCGGAUCGGCACGCUGCUUUCGUGAAAUUGCUGCCCUCUCUGUGCGAGGAGAUAGAUAAAGCCAACGCAGCGGCUCAAGCUGUACUACGGGAUUCGCAGUCAGCUCUGCUGCGCACGGAGCGCCCCGGCAUAGAUCCUCAGUUUACUACGCUGGCCAUGGCGCAGUUCCAGCAAUUAUCUACGCUGACUUCUGAUGUGGCUACGGUCCGGAUCGAGGUUUCUCAAGGAGUGAAUAAGCUUCAAGCGGCCAGAAGGGCGUUCACGAUGAUGUGCGAGAGCCUAGCAGAGAUGGACGCUAUCUGUUGCACGGUGAAGGACGCGAUGGCCAAGCAGCGCUGGAGACGACAAAGUCAGAGUCACUCUAACGUCCCCACGACUCCCGAAAGUCCCGGUCCGAUCGGCCUCGUAACCGCAUUAUCGAGCACUCCUGCAGACGAAUUUGCUCGUCUCCACGCUACCACCGAGAAGCAGGACAAGGAGAUACUGCCUUUCGUGAACUCUCUUGCGGACAUUCUGAAUGAUCCCCUCAAGCAAUACUUCUCCGAUUGCGCUCACAAUCUGACCGAGCAUGCUUGCGCUCUGGCCAGACUUGUAAAAACUUGGGAGGCACUUCUUGCUCAAGCAUCCAUAAUGGACAGUUUCCGGAACAAUGCACAUACGUUACAACUCCAAGGAGAAGACGCCAAGCUCCGAUAUGAUAACGCUAUAAAAAACUUACUUCAGUCGGAACUGGCGAGCUCCAGCGAAGAAAGCGACGAAAACCUUCUAGCGACACUCAACCUGUUUGAACGCGCCGUUGAGGAGUUCACAGCCGGUCUCGCGAGCAAAGUUAUAUUCAUUGCCCAGGGAGAAUCGACUCUCGAAAUGAGCAUCAAGACGCCCGUGUUAUCGCCUUCUGGGAAUACGGGCCCGGAUGCUCUCAGGCAGUCCCCCGUUCUGCAGUUGCCAUUCGACUUGACAGCACUAGAUGCCGACGUACGCGCAGAUUCCAACUCUUAUGCCAUGGCAUUGGCUGGAGACGUUCAAAUUCUUCACCGAAAGCACGACCACCUGCAGUUGGCCAGGAUAUCCAAAGAGCUCGAUAUAGCCGUUGCAUCCAUAUUGACCGAUAUACAAUCCGUUGAAAACAAGCUUGGCAAAGUGAAGAGUUCGUUAACGAAUACGUCCGGAGAUUUCCUGCAGCGUAUCGCCGUACUUAAAUCAGGACUCGAGGAAUUGCUGCACUCCGACCGCGCGCGUAUCGCACGAUCGUUCUCUCCCCCGAGAGAGCUUCUCCGUCGCAUGGAUAAGUCACCGGCUUGUGCCGACAGCGACAUCCAUCAAGGCCUAAUUACCACCCGUAUACGAGCUUUGGACGACUUCGAGCUGCGAUUCAAUACCUGGGUUGAAGAGGCUACGCAUGUCAAACAUCGCCUAUCGCAGAUUGAAAGCGCGGAAUUGCAGCGUUUGGAGGAGGAUAGAGUGGCCGAAGAACAGCGAUUGGCCGCCGAGGAACGUGCACGCUUAGAGCACGAAUUACAGGAGACGCAAGCCAAAGAAAGGCGAGAAAGGAGGGAGCAGGAGAGACUCGAGCUUGAGGAAAAGGAAAGACAUCGUCGCGAGGAACAGCGGCGCAUGGAGGAGGAAGCCCUGGAGAUACAGGCCAAAGAAGAACAGGACCGCAGGGAAAAGGAGGAACGCGAUAGGUUGGAGAAGGAAGAACGUGAACGAGCGGAGCGUGAGCAGGAGGCGCAUGAGCGAUGCAAGCAAGAGGAACGCGAACGUCACGAGCAGGAGGCGCGACAACGACGAGAACAAGAGGAACUCGAGCGACGCAAACAGGAGGUGCGCGAAAAGCGAGAGUUAGAGGGGCAAGAGCGGAGAGAACGCGAACGGCGGGAACGUGAGGAGCGUGAACUACGUGAUCAAGAGGAGGCUGAACGCAAGGAGAGGGCUGAGCACGAGGCGAGAGAAGAGCGUGAACGGAAGGAGAUGGAGGAUUGCGAGCUAAGGGAGAAAGAAGAUCGCGAACAAAGAGAAAGGGAAGAACUCGAGCUUAGGGAGAGAGAACGCGACCAGAAGGGGGUAGCGGAAGCGUCGAAAAAGGAGAGGGAAGACCACAAUCCUAUGAGGAAAGGAGCGCUAGAGCGGAGGGAGCGCGAGGUGCGGGAUGCAGAGGAACAGUCAUGGGGGCCAGAGCAAGAACGCUUGCCACACGCGCGCACGAACCAUGAGGGGCAGGAUCGGCUGGAAUGUCAUGCUGAGGAUCAGGCAAGCUUAAGGAGAGAAACGCUGCGCACACCCCAGGAGGACGAGCACGCAGAGGAACCAUCGGAGACCCAGCAGGAAGACGCUUUUCCUGUAUCCAAUGAGCCACCCUGUACGGACGAAGCCCCAAUGACGCAAGCAGAGCAGAAAGCAAAUCUACUGGAUCAUACGAUCCAGGAAGAAGACGGGGACGAGGCGGAUACAGCAUCCGCUGCGUGGCCUGAUUCCACAGACAUGCGUACUCCUACUGGGUACCCCGAUGAAGAUGUUUUUGGUCUUCGCGUCGUACCGAUCGUUCGCAGCUUGAGCGUGGAGAUGAGCGAGUUACAGAAACGAGUCGCCUCGCUCAGAAAGCGUCUCAGGUCGAUUGCUAUCUACCCUGAUGGUCCCUCAUCCUCAGUCGCCCCUGCUGCGCCAUCCGAAGAGCGAAGGUCAAGGAUGGAAUCAAGUCUAUACACCAUCGCGCAAGAUGCAGCCCAGCUCCCGCCUUCAGUCGAUGAUCCCAUCAUAGAUACGGAAUUGCGCUCGUUGAGAAUGGAGCUGGCUGCUACCGAGUCUCGUAUGACACGGUGGCACCGGCUUGCCGACUUCGCGACCAAGGUUCAAGGUUGCGACGCCGCAUUAAGCGAUCUCUUAGAACACAUCGAUAGCUACCCUGCACCUCCCGCUGCGCCGCUGUCUUCCAGUCACAUCUCGUCUAUCUCUCUUCCCCCCGAAGAACAGCUGUCCGCUCGUCUGCUUUUCACGAAGACCGUCGUGGAAACCAUGGAAUCCUCGUUCGCAGAGAUAAACGACGACCGUUCUGCUGCUUCGGAACAAGACAGAAUCUUGCAGACGUGGACAGAACUCGAGGAUAUGGCGAGAGACCGUCUGAAGGGCAGAAAGUCCCGUCCUCCCAGUGCGCUUAGCUCGGGUCGGGAAAGCAGGUCCUCCACCAUCAGCAAUCGUUCUCGUGUCUCUCGUAUCUCCAACGCCUCCGAUAGCUCUGCUACGCAGAAGAAAAAGGGGUAUACUCAACUUUCUGUCCGUCCAACGAAGAAAGGCGGGAUGCUUGCCCCAGCAAUACCAAGCUCCAGGCGGAACAGCUCCAACUCAUCGCAUACUCCUUCACGCUCGAUCAGUAAGAUGUCGACAGCGUCAUCUAGCCGAUCCGUCUCCGGACCGAACGUCGCCACUCCUGUCAGAGACAACGGGGCAUCGACUAGCAGCCGUUCCUACAGUACCACUUUUGCAUCACGACAACGCACCUCCAGUACCGCGUCUACCACUUCUUCCUCCAUUGUAACACCCGUCAUCCGUACUCCUGGAGCUGGUUUACGUCCUCGUGCUCAAACUGGCCAGAUCCUCCGGGCAUAUUCUCCCUCGCCGUCGGACGUUUCCUCCCUUUCUCGAUCCACUCGUAGUGCCUCGAGAUCUACGUCUGUGUCGCACGGUACUUGGUCCCGUGCCGCACGGCUGUCCCUCUCUGGGGCUCCUGGAACUGCCACGCCUCCGAGCAAGAUUCCCAAGAGGGUGAAGAAGGAAUAUGUUCCCAAUCCGAAAAACAGAUUGGACGUUGCCGUCAGCCAUGUAGUAAACAAAUUACCGGUUGACAUCAGCAUUUCCAUAGCAGAAGAAUCCUGGAAAGACCAGAGUGGCAAGUACUGGAUCGGGGAACAGGAGAACCCCAGACUGUGCUUUUGUCGCAUACUUCGCUCCCAGAUGGUUAUGGUCCGUGUUGGAGGCGGCUGGGUAGAGCUAUCAAAGUUCAUUAAGGAUCACUUCGCGGAUCUCUUCCGGGUGUUACCUGUUGAAUCCCCGCCUCGUGCUCGAGAGGAGAGGUGGAUUAAUGCAGCAACGUUACAGCAACAGCCGACACGAGACGGAACGCCUCCAGCUCCGCCGCGCACUCCUGAACCUAAGCACCGCGUAUCGAACCUGCCGACGUUUGCACUGUCCACACCCAGUGGGCAGAUUCAUGAGACGAGCAGACCUAUCCGAUCACGAUUCAUACGGACUGCGGCCCUCGACGCCGACGAAGACCCCUAG